CUCAAAGUUACAAUCACAGCAGCCAAGCAGAAGCUAAUACCACGGCAGCAAUGGCUGCUUUCCGCAGAGUGGCAGCACUGGCCGGCAAGCUCAACCUCUGGUCGGCGACAAGAAACGAGCUGGUCGGUGGGCAGACGGCCAAUAGAAGAAGGACCUGGAGGUGUCUGGCAGCCGGGGUUUGCGUUGCAACGGGUGGCGCCGUACUUUACUUCUACAACGGUUUAAUAAGCGGCGGAGGCAGGAAGAGGAUAAGGAGGCACAGCAUCAACGGUUUGCUCCCGUCCAUCCCGACUGUUGAAGCCAAAGAGAAGGCACGUCCAUUUGACUUUGAGGAUGGAGAUGUGUACAUGUCUUCCCAUGAACAUCGUUUCCGCUUGUUCAGCUCAGUGGAGUAUGAAGGACAGCUGUACAUGACCCCACAAAACUUCAUCGAGUCGGUUACCAUGAGUGAACCGAGAAGCAAGAGGCCCUGGAGGUCCCUGACAAAACAGGAGCUGGAGAAGAUCCUAUCAGACACUCCUCCCGUGUGGAGAGGAUCCUCCAAACUAUUUCGCAACCUGAGAGAACGAGGCAUCAUCUCAUACACAGAGUACCUGUUCCUGCUCUGCAUCUUGACAAAGCCUCAUGCUGGCUUUAAGAUUGCUUUCAAUAUGUUUGAUGCAGACGGCAACCAGAUGGUGGAUAAGAGGGAGUUCCUAGUGCUUCAGGAGAUCUUUAGGAAGAAAAACGAGAAGAAAGGAAGGAAAGGAGAUGCUGAGAAGUCCGCGCAGUUGAGUAUGCAGCUGUAUGGAUAUCAGGUUGCCCCCAUGAACAGCGUGCUAAAAAAAGACAGUCAGGAGUUUGUGGCGCGGAGUUACUGGGACGUUUUGAGGCGAAGCGCCAGUCAAGUCCUCUUUUCUGACCUGGCGGAGCGAGCAGAUGAUAGCAUCACAAUUGACACCACACUACUGGUCCAUUUCUUUGGGAAGAAGGGGAAGGCAGAGCUUACCUUUGAUGACUUCUACAGAUUUAUGGAUAACCUCCAGACAGAGGUGUUGGAAAUUGAGUUCCUGACUUACUCUAAAGGUAUGACGACUAUCAGUGAAGAAGACUUUGCCAAAAUCCUGCUGCGAUUCACAAACGUGGAAAACAUUAGUGCCUAUCUGGAAAAUGUCCGCCAGUGUAUACCUGAUGAAAAGGGAAUCACCUUUGAUGAGUUCAGAUCCUUCUUCCAGUUUCUCAACAACCUUGAAGACUUUGCCAUUGCCAUGCAGAUGUAUAACUUUGCUGCACGCUCCAUUGGACAAGAUGAGUUUGCCAGAGCGGUGUAUGUGGCCACAGGGCUCAAGCUGACACGUCACCUUGUAAACACCAUCUUCAAGAUCUUCGAUGUCGAUCACGAUGACCAGCUGUCCUACAAAGAGUUCAUUGGUAUCAUGAAGGACCGGCUGCACAGGGGAGCCAGGGGCUAUAAAGCUGUGGAGCGUGCUACCUCCUUCAGGUCCUGUCUGAAGAAGGAGCUGGCAAGCAGCAGGUGAAGGGCAGACAGCACACCUCCUUCUCCAGAUGUGUUCGCUCUGAGACAGGUGCACCUGUUGUGGAGGAGGUACAAGGAGCCAUAGAGAGUGGACGAAAUCUGAUGGAGCUUCGACGUUAAUUAAUCAGGAGGAGCCAGUAUUUGUGGAGCAGUUCUCCUGUCGACCUUCAGACUGUACAUAUGUGAUUACUGCAAGCAUGACCGCACAAAGCCGACUGAUUCUCUCUGUGAUGAUAAUAAGUGUCAUUCUUUUUGUCUUUUUUUUUUUGUUGCCCUGUUUCCAGUCAUCCAUCCAUCCAUUGAUCUGAUGUCAGUUAUCCUGGGUAUGAUUUACAUGUAGUUAAAUGUUGAUUUGUUACGAUAGAAAUUUAAUGUCUGUUCUAACGCGAUACCUCCACAAUGGUGGGAACUUUGUCAUUUUGUUUUUUAUAAUAAGGAGGAGAACUUUUGGUUAACACCCUGAAAUCUAUAGGCCCAAAAGUUGCUUUCUUUACUUUAAUUAUUGCAUUUAUUAAAAACUUGCUUUGUUAGUUCCGCUACAGCACUGCAAUCUAUAGGAGCACAAGAAUCUUUAAAUGAGUUCUAGGGGAUUAAAGUAACAUCCAUAUAAAACUGAUAACAGUUAUACAAUAUGAAACCUGCAUGUUGCUGAAACUAUAUAAUUAAUUGAAUAUGUUGUGGAUCUGUAAUGUCCUCAACUCAUUUAUAUUAUGUUAAGCAGUAGUUCCAUCUAACCCCUUACUUUUUGUUGCACGAACAGUAUGACUCACACUACUGUUGCAGUUAGGAAUGCUUUAUUAUCUUAAUACUACAGCAGGUCUUGGUAUGAAAAAUGUAUUUCAAUAUUUUUUCGGGGUGAAUGUUUUUGCCUCUUUCGUGUUUCCUGGUUUCCUAGUAUUCAUAAGUAGAUGCACACAUAGGUGCCUUUGAUCCACCCCCCUUUUCCAAAGCAAUUCACGAGUUUUUGAGCUUUUAAUUUCAAAUACAAAACUUAUGCAUUGAUGACUACACGUUGUCUUAGCAUGACAUAUGUCUGAUAAUUGGAACAUCAAGUUGAAUUGUCUUAAUGUAUUAUAAAUUGUUCUGAUAUUUAAAACGAUCAUUUAAAUGUAACGAGUGCGUUUGUUUGAUUAAUUUCAUGCACGAAUAAACUAUUUUAAGAAAACA